CGGCUUUCUUUCGACUCCGGUGACUUCAAGUUGACUUUCUAUUUGACAGCAGGAAUUACUUCAAGAAGAUGAAACCCAAGGCUACAAUCAUCUUAUCAGCCAUCUUGGCCCCAUCCUAAUUGUAGACGAACUCGAAGGAAACACUAUCGCAGGACACUAUGACCAUCAAAGCCAUCGUAUUUGAAGUCAACUGGACUGUAUGGAGUGGCAAGCUCGACCCACACAAGUGGGGGAAAGGCCACUCGGCUCGCGACAAACCGGAAGACAACCUCAAACGGGACUCCUCAGAUAAGCACGUAAUCCGCGAUGUUAGCAACCACUCUCAUGAGAUACGUCUCUUUAACGACAUACCGAAGAUCAUCCACGACAUCAAAAAGAGACAUAUUCCCCUUGGUUUCGUCUCCAGGGAUUCAACCCGAAAAAUGUGCGUUCCUCGACCUAGUUAUACAGGCUGAGAACGAUUCAAAGAUCCAUAGGUGUGACCGAGCCCUCUACUUCUUCGAAUACCCGGACGAAAACCAUCACCACAAGCCAAUCAUCAACAGUGUGAACUACGACGAGACUGGUAGUGGGAACUAUAUAAGUAUCUUCAACAAAAUCAAGGGCUGGGCAUCCGCUCAAGGAAACGAGAUUGUAUUCUUUGACUGCCACGAGGAGAGCCUCAAGGUCCAUCGCGAGCUAGGCGUCCGUGUUGAGAUCGUUAGCCAUCGUACGGGAGUAACAUGGGAGAUAUACAAUCGUGCGCUCGAGAAGUAUGGCCAUGGAAAUGGUGGACACGGACACGGACACGGACAUGGUGGCGGCAAGGGGCCUGACACACCGUAUUAUGGUCAACCGAAAUUGGGCAAACUUCUCGGCGAAGGGAAAUUCUCCAAAGUCUAUGAAGCAGCAGAUGAUCGUGACGCAGUGGUCAAGGUGCUGAAAAACUGGACUACAGCGCAACGUCGUCGUCUCCUCGAAAUAUAUGCUAUCGUCAAGAGCGGCCGCCCCUUUGACCCAGGCAACAAUCAACAGGACCAGUAUCUUCUCAUGAUCGCACUGGAGCUCCGUAAUCUCAACAUGAUACAAGAACUCAAAGAUCCGAAACCAGAAGACUUCUCCGGAUGGUUCAAAAUGAAAAAGAUUGAAGGGACCCAUAUCUGGAAGCACCAUCUAUAUAAGAAACAUCCGUUCGGCGUCAAGUUCCAAGAGUUUGUCAAGGCGUGCAUGCACCUCACCGUGGACGCGAUUGAGCGCGUCGUCAAGACAUAUGGUGUCGAGCAUUGCGAUGCACAUUUCAAGAAUGUGGUCUAUGACUUCGAUGGGGACAAACCUGUACGGGCAAGACUUCUGGAUUGGGGUAUUGCCGUUAAAAUGCGCUGGGACGGUAGUCGAUACAUCCGGGGAGAUGAUUUCCAACUCAUUGUCCCCCAAUACCAAGAUUCUAAGCCUGGGCUGAAAUAUACUCCCGACGAAUUCCGACGCUAUUGGGUAGGGUGGAUGGUGAAGACAGAAUACACUGCUCUAUGGUCGAGGAAUGCCAUUACUGAGAAAGACGGCCAGGAAUUCUUGAAGGAUUUGGACUGGUGGUAUCAUCGUCAUUGAUCAAAUAUCGUUUAUCUUCAGAUACGUAUCCUCCAUGCCAUUAUUAUUAGUGUGAAAGUGGGUCGGGGAGUGGUAUGAGACUGUGUACAAGUAGUAGAGAGCAAAAGACAGAGAAGAGGAAGAGGAAGAAGUCAAUGAAAGGUCUCAGUGGGGGAGCUAAAGAGAAAUGGAAGGAAGAUGAGUUGCCUACAACAUCCAGACUAAGUAUAAACUGGAGGUUUCAAGGAAGAAACUUACUUCCUCUUUUCUUUCCCUCUGCCAAUAUCCAAAAUAACCACGGUGAAGAAUAUUGCAAAUACUAGUACAACACAACCACUCCGUCUUGUAGGUACGGUACCCGAUGUUUUCACGGAAUCUCGCAAAGUCGUUUCUUGAGGAAUCGUUAUCUUCCGGCCACGAACGAAGAACUCCGUUCAUUUUCCUGACAUGCCCACCGUCAAGAUCAGGUUCGCCUGAACCUGUGGAUACAUCGCCAGUUCGUUAAACCGCCGGGUACUAAGGCCUAAGGUUUCGCAGACAGUCGUCUUCGCUUCGGCAAAAGCAGUUUCUUCAUCCAUUUGGAUAUAUAUUUGGCACUACUGAAAGGACGCACCAACUUCGGAAAGGACGGUAGAAGAAACGUACUUUGUGACUAGCGCGACGACCUUUGGGUACACGGUUUAGGAUGCAGAGUCCAAUAUAAGAUGUAUGCGUGGGCCCUCAAAACUGUCAAUUCAGACUCCGAGCUGAUGUUCAUGUCAAAGUCGAUGAGUGGAUCGUCGCUCCCUAUUGAGAUAUGCUCUUGGACGUAGAAUGUUCGUAUUCGCGUCGCGACGUCUAUUGAGCGGCUGACCGUGCACCUUCUGACCUUGUUCCGGGCAAUGGGAUCUAUUGAUUCGAGCAUAUAUCAACUCAACGGGGUAGGCUCUGACGCGAAUGUCUGGUAAAUGAAAGGAAUCGGUCACUCACGGAGCACAAACUCCUCCAUACACCUUCUAGCUUGAACUUCCUUCCAUCAGGAAAUUCUGAGUCCGACGACAGUCCUGAGGGUGAUAUAAUACAUCAUGUCAAUCGAUAGCGGCAUUUGUGAGGACUUGUGAGUAUAUACGAUGUCAAAAUCGCAUUGAUUCAUAGGAACGAGGUUUCCUUGAGGCAAUUCUGAAUUUUGCUGGGCGGAGUGGCG